UCCCUUGUCUGUUGCGCCAGCAACUGCAAUCAGUCACUCACACCAAGCCGCAGGGCAAGCGCAAGAGCACUUGUGCACUUGCUUCUUGAACAUGCCCACAAGAAGUGCAACCGUGCAAGGAGAUCCCCAUUACCCUCCCACUGGCCACUGCCACUAGCCUCAAGAGUGCAAGGAGAAUAUAGACUGCUCCUCCAUUGCUCCUCACUUCCCGUGCAGUAGAUCACUCGCUGUGACAGGGUUAGCCAUGGUCGCAAGGAGGGCCGCUUCCUCCUUCCUCUCACGCCGCGGCCUCCUCCUCCCGAGGCCUCCUGCCGAUUCUCUUCUCAGAGCAGACAGUGCACGGCGCUCGUUGCCCGGAGCCGUUUACAGGUUCAGCACCGCACCGGCCGCCACCGCCGACGAGGAGCCGAUCAAACCCCCCGUGGAGGUGAAGUACACGCAGCUCCUCAUCAACGGCAACUUCGUCGAUGCAGCAUCUGGAAGGACGUUCCCGACGGUGGACCCCCGCACCGGCGAGGUCAUCGCGCGCGUGGCCGAGGGCGACGCCGAGGACAUCGACCGCGCUGUCGCCGCCGCCCGCAGGGCCUUCGACGAGGGCCCCUGGCCGAGGAUGACCGCCUACGAGCGGUGCCGGGUGCUGCUGCGGUUCGCGGACCUGAUGGAGCGGCACAACGACGAGAUCGCGGCGCUGGAGUCGUGGGACGGCGGGAAGCCGCUGGAGCAGUCCGCCGGCGGGGAGGUGCCGAUGGCGGCGCGCUGCAUGCGGUACUACGCCGGGUGGGCGGACAAGAUCCACGGCAUGGUGGUGCCGGCCGACGGCCCGCACCACGUGCAGGUGCUGCGCGAGCCUAUCGGCGUCGCCGGCCAGAUCAUCCCCUGGAACUUCCCGCUGCUCAUGUUCGCCUGGAAGGUCGGCCCGGCGCUCGCCUGCGGCAACGCCGUCGUGCUCAAGACCGCCGAGCAGACGCCGCUCUCCGCACUCUACGUCGCCAGCCUCCUCCACGAGGCCGGCCUCCCGGACGGCGUCCUCAACGUCGUCCCCGGCUUCGGCCCCACGGCCGGCGCCGCGUUGUGCAGCCACAUGGGCGUCGACAAGCUGGCGUUCACCGGAUCGACUGGCACGGGCAAGAUUAUUCUUGAACUGGCGGCGAGGAGCAACUUGAAGCCGGUGACGCUGGAGCUCGGCGGCAAGUCCCCGUUCAUCGUCAUGGACGACGCUGAUGUCGACCAGGCCGUCGAGCUCGCGCACCGGGCGCUCUUCUUCAACCAGGGGCAAUGCUGCUGCGCUGGGUCUCGGACGUUCGUCCACGAGAGCGUCUACGACGAGUUCGUGGAGAAGUCCAAGGCUCGCGCCCAGAGGCGUGUGGUCGGCGACCCCUUCAAGAAAGGUGUUGAGCAGGGACCUCAGAUCGAUGGCCAGCAGUUCAAGAAGAUCCUGGGCUACGUCAAGUCGGGCGUCGACAGCGGCGCCACCCUCGUGACCGGCGGCGAGAGGGUAGGCAGCAGGGGCUUCUACAUCCAGCCGACCGUCUUUGCAGACGUGGAGGAUGAGAUGAAGAUCGCUCAGGAGGAGAUAUUCGGGCCCAUCCAGUCCAUCCUCAAGUUCAGGGAGGUGGGGGAGGUGGUGAGGAGGGCGAACGCGACGCAGUACGGGCUGGCGGCGGGGGUGUUCACGAGGAGCCUGGACACGGCGAACGCGGUGGCGCGGGCGCUGAGGGUGGGGACGGUGUGGGUCAACUGCUACGACGUGUUCGACGCGGCCAUCCCCUUCGGCGGGUACAAGAUGAGCGGCGUGGGGCGGGAGAAGGGCGCCUACAGCCUCGGCAACUACCUCCAGACCAAGGCCGUCGUCGCGCCCCUCAGGGACCCGGCUUGGUUGUAGCGGCGAAACAUCGUCGUCCUCCGGCAAUACCAUAGGAGGUGGAAAGGACACCGACAACAACGCCGGCGAACUCUUAACUUAAGCCUGCCUUUGAAUAAAUGGUGUCGUCAGCUUCCGGCUUAGUUCAAAUUUGUUUUGGCGCUGCCCGCUUUGACCUGAUCGGCGGCCCGUGCAGAGCCUAUCUUGCUUGGAUGUGCAUUGCUAUACUUGCCGUCUAGUUCAAAUUUGCUGUA